AUGGGAGCCCGUGGGAGCUCCCAGGUCGAAUCCGAGCGCCAAACGGGUGACGAUGAUGAUGACGAUUCCUUUUCUGGAGGAAAGGAGUCGCAGCCUCCUCGGUUCUCGCGGUUCUCAGGGGUGUUCCCGUUUCCCCAGAGAUCAAGGGGCGUGAAGAUCCUCUGCAACUCCCGCCCCUGCGUGUGGGUGACCCGAGCUUGUCCCCAGCCACAGGUCUCGGGCACCCUGGCCUGUCUGAGUGGGACGCAGGGUCGGAGGGACGAAAGCCACUCCUUGGAGAACGUCACUCAGCCCCAUGACACAGGAACCCCGUGUUCCUCACUGGGGACAGGCAAGGAGUCCACCUGCCCCAGGAACACUAUCACGGGCCUGAAAGGAACACCCGGGGCUUGUCCAGAAUCAAUGGCCGAGACACGCAGCAGCCAGAGGGUCCUGUACAGCUGGGGACAGAGGGGCCCCCUGGGGAGCGGCACCUGGGCACCCCCUCUUCAAUCCUCGGGCUGUUCUGGGGGUCUCGGGCCGGGUCCCCUGUGGGUUCUGUUCUGUGUCAACCUGCUCACUUUUGCCUGCCACCUGCAGGGCCCCAGGGAAGCUGUCCCUAUGGUGUCCCUGCUGUGCUAA